GUAGACCCGAGUGGGACGCGAAGACCAGCUCCUCCGCGGAGAACCGGAACCUCGCAGGCCCGCCGCGGAGGCAGCUUCGAGGCCCAAGCAGGAAUAUUCAAGAUAGAAUUGUAACCAUUUUCAGUGAAGAACAGUGAUCAAAAUUGUUCUUUUUAAAGAGACUUUUCCAAGUGCAACAUGAAAGAAAAAUAUUGGAAUCAUCUUGAUUUUGACAGUAUAAGGAAUACAGUGUUUCACAUUUACUUGUAAUGGAAGCUUUGUAAGAUUCAUCACUUGUCAUGCACCCAACUGGGAACAUGGAUGUUGGUUUUUCUCGUUCUGCUGUUCAGACACUGUCAAGAAGCCAUUGCAAAAACAUAAAACAAAAGAUUUCUCAGUGGGAAGGAAGGACUAACGGUAUAGCUAAUUCAGCCCAGUGGCAUCCCAAAGACUUUGGAGUGAGAUAUAAUAACUGUCACCAACAAAUUCUUCCUAAGAAAAGUCCUAUUCCUGAAGGCCAAAGCAAACAGUUAGGUCUAACCACCUUUCAAAAUGUAGGUUUAGAUCUGAAUGAAAAUGCCAAAAGCCACAAUCAAAAUGGGGCUGAAAUUCAUGAGAAUCAUGAAUAUGAUGACACACGCUACUUUAAAAAUGAAUCGGAAUCCAAUUGGGUAUGUUCUAGGGUCAAACAGAUUGAAAACUGGAAAGAAGUUGUUUUGGAUCCAGAGACUUCAUUACCUCCAGGAAAUUUCUAUACCUCACAGAUAUUGUGGAAGAAAAUAGAAGCACUUCCCCCAGAUAAAGUCUUUAAUUUGGCUUUAAAACAUUGUGACUCUUCAGAAAAAGAACUGAAUUUCAGAGUUCUGGAUAGUUCAUAUGGAAUAACCAAGAGCUUAGAAAAUAUUUACUCUGAACCUGAGGGGCAAGAAUGUGGACCUUCUAUAAAUCCUUUGCCAAAACCUCGUAGGACAUUCAGAUAUUUAUCUGAAUCUGGUGUUACGCCAUGUAAAGAAAGAAACUGUGACAAAAAAUACUGUGAAAAUAAUUCUUGUGCAGAAUCUUCUUUGGCUUCUUCUCAGGAACCUGAACCAAAGAAAUAUGGUGGAAAAAUCAGAGGGAGAUCUAAAAGGAAAUCCUUUGAAUUUGAGGAUAUUCAGCACUUUCGAAAUCGGAACUCACAGAAGAUUCAUGAAGAACUUGGAAGAAAUUCUGGUUCAGCACUUUAUUACACACAGUCUGAGGAUAAUAUCUAUGAGGAUAUCAUAUAUCCCACCAAAGAAAACCCAUAUGAAGAUAUACCAGUGCAUCCUUUACCCAUGUGGAGAUCCCCUUCAGCAUGGAAACUACCACCCACUAAAAGUGCUUUCAGAGUACCCAAGCUUCCUCCCAAGCCACAAAUCCUUCACCGGAAGACUAUGGAGCUGAAGAACUCCCAAGCUUAUUUACGAUCAAAGCUCACAAAGGAUACCACUUUGCCUGUCACUUUAACUGAAUGGAAACUUUUCCGAGCUGGAGAAGUUGCUAACAGGAAAAGGAGAAAUCUUCCAAGGUUUGUAUUGAAAAUAGAUGACAUAUUUGAAUCUAAGAGAGGGAAGAAGAGGGUAAAGUUACACCCUUACUCUGGAAAGGAUAUACCUCCUUCAAAAGGUGAAACCAGUGGGAAUGAAAGUGAUGCUGAAUAUCUGCCAAAGAAUCGCCACAAACGCUUAGCACAACUGCAGCAGUCUUCCAAGAGGAAUCCUCACUACCAGACCUUGGAGCGGGAUCUUAUUGAACUGCAGGAGCAGCAGCUGUUUGAACUCUUCGUGGUGGUGUCUCUACAGAAGAAGGCCUCAGGAGUAAGCUACAUUCCCCAGGUCAUACAGCAGUUCCCCAGCAAGGGUGAUCACAGCUAUAAGCAAUCCAAAGACACUGAAGAGAGGCUCAAAGUUAUCCCAAAAUUUUGUUUUCCUGAUUCGAAGGACUGGGUGCCAACCUCAGAAUUAAAGAGUGAAACGUUUUCCUUUGUCUUGACUGGGGAAGAUGGAAGUCGGUGGUUUGGUUACUGUAAGAAGCUGUUGCCAGAAGGCAAAGGAAAGCGACUCCCUGAGGUUUACUGCAUGGUUAGUCGCCUCGGUUGCUUCAAUCUUUUUUCAAAGAUUCUGGAUGAAGUAGAGAAAAGAAGGGAAAUGUCUCCUGCCCUUGUCUACCCAUUCAUGCGAAGUGUCAUGGAAGCUCCUUUCCCAGCUCCUGGACGCACCAUCACAGUUAAGAGCUACCUCCCUGGGGCUGGAGAUGGGUCAAUUGAACUCUGCCGACCACUAGAUUCACGACUGGAACAUGUGGAUUUUGAAUGCCUUUUUAAGUGCCUGAGCGUGUGUCAUCUCAUCCGGGUCUGUGCCUCUCUCCUCUUAGAGCGGAGAGUAAUAUUUGUUGCUAACAGCCUAAGCACCCUGUCUAAAUGUGGCCAUGCUGUGGUUGCCACACUGUAUCCAUUCACCUGGCAGCACACCUACAUCCCAGUCCUCCCAGCAUCCAUGAUUGACAUUGUGUGCUCACCUACUCCAUUCCUCAUUGGAAUCCUGUCUUGCUCCUUACCACAACUCCAGGACCUACCCAUUGAAGAGGUGCUGAUAGUUGAUCUCUGUGCAGACAAGUUCUUACAGGAGGUGUCUGAUGAGGAUGAAAUUCUACCUUCUAAACUUCAGGCUGCCUUGACGCAGAUUUUGGAAGAUCGAAAUGAAAUCUUGACUCAGGAGAAGAAUUUUUCACAAGCAGAUGUGACACUCAAUUCUCUGGUGUCUGAAGCAUUUGUCAGGUUUUUUGUGGAGUUGGUUGGACAUUAUUCUUUGAACAUGACUGUCACUGAGCGUGGGGAGCGUGUGUUCCAAAGGGAACCAUUCCGUAAAUCACACACGUCCCGGAGUGUACGCCACUUUCUUGAUCUUUUCAUGGAGACUCAGAUGUUUGCAGGAUUCAUCCAGGAUCGAGAGCUUCGGAAAAGUGGGGUUAAAGGUUUGUUUGAGGUCCGGGCGCUCCAGUACUUGGAAACAAUUCCUGAGUCUGAGCCCAGUGGGGUGAACAGAAUUUUGCGGAGUCUUGGAAGCAAAAUGAAAUUUCUGCAAAAGAAAUGAAACCUUUAAUUGAAUGUCUUCAUCCUAAAUAGAACAGAAAGUACCAAAGAAAAUAUUUUUCCAAGGGCAAGAUGUAUUGAAAUAGUCUACAAAAUCCUUGAAAUUUUGAAAGGUUAAGGAGCAAGUCAGGUUCUCAAGAGGAAGACUGUCCUGUUGCUGCUGAGUAAUCACUGGAGUAUUGUUGGGAGUAAUCUGGAACUGAUGCUCAUUACUCUGCCUUCAUCUUUUUUACGGUGGCCUUUUAUGUUUGAUUCUUGGCCUCAUUCUGUGUUUUUUGCUUGGUCUCUGAAGGCAAGGGAAAGGCUUGUUGGUAUCACAUUGAUAAAAUAGCUCAAAGAUGAGUCUAAGGAGAGAAAUGCUGAGUUUUAAGUACUAGAGAGGCAUGAUGGAAAUGGAAAACAUUAGCCUUAUACACAUAAUUCUCAUCUCUGAAAUAUCAUGGCAGCUUUAAACCCCUGGGAGGUUGGAGCUUACAAACUGGAAUAUACUCAUCAUGUAGCUCCAGGCUUUUUUGUUUAAUGUUCUCCCUAGGGUAAUCUCACUUUAUGUAGAAGCCCUAUUUAUGAACAGUGUUGAGUUCUUUGUAAAAGUAGAUAUUUUACAGUUUCUCCUCCACAAUGUGUGGCACUUCAAUAACUUAUCCCUCACAUGUCAAUAUUAAACUUUGAGGAAUUAUAGCUAAUAUGGAAAUGUCCUUUCAAGAGCAUGGGAACAAACUUUUUGUGUGUUCCCCAUUUGCCACGCAUUGUAGUACAUAUAUGUAUGUCAUCUUAAAAUCAACAAUAUGAGAAAGAUUUUUGUAUCUCCAUUUUACUAAUGAAGAAACUGGAAUUCAAACAGGCAUAAUAAUUUGGCCAAAGUUAUACAAUUCAGAUAAAGCUGAUGCUAGAACUUUUACUUUUUGAACACAGAGAAAUUUGGUUAGUCCUACAGAUGGAAAUUGAACUCUGUAGGAUUAUACCUGUUUAAAAAGUUUUCUAUUAAAUGUACCAGAAUGAUCUUUUAGCUCUGAGGAUAAGGAAUUUUAAAUUCCAUGGACCUGAGGAUUUGUUUUUGUGCUGCUAGGGAUAGAACCCAGGGCCUUACAGUAAGACUCUUCUUUGAUUCUCUUAAAUUGUUGAGCUUUUUACUCUAAUUAAAUUUGACAACAAAAUAUGAACAUUUCCUGAGCACAACCCCUUAGUCACCCAGAUCUUUAGUAUCAAAAGUAGUAGAAGUGAUUGGAAAGAGAAAUUUGUCAGUGAUGGUGCAAUUUUCAUUGAUAAAUAUUAUAGCAAAUGUCAGUUGUUUUAACUUUUGCUCAUGGUUUUAACUAGCAUAGAAUAUAUUCAUACUUCAAAAAUCCUGAAAAUUGCAUUGUAGUACAAUUUGUUGACUUGUACAGUAUUAUCAUUGUAACCCAUUCAGAUGUGCUUGAAUGAAUCUGAAGCAGAUGCCAUUUAAGGCUGGUGCUGUGUAUAGUUCCUACAGAUGUGGGUCCAGGAAUAGAACUGAGUCUGUGUCUUCUAAAAUCUUGAUUUAAGCAGCUUACCCCAGUGGGGCUCUUACCAGACACCUCCCCAUCUGAUCUCUUCUUACACUCUUAAGCCUGAAGGAACAAUUAGUAAUUGGGUGUCUAUAACAUGGGGGUAGAAGGGUUUACUGUGGUGGAUCCUGGUUAUCCCUCUGCAGGGAGACUUUGCUUCAGGAAUGAAAGUCUUACUCUCCUUCAGGGAUGAGUCUUAAUGUUAUCCCUGCAAUCUGAAAGCCGCUUCCUUUCUUUGGUUUGUUGUAUUUUGUUUUUGUAAUGUAUUGUGAAUUCUGGAUGUUUGUAAAAGAAUUGCUCAAGAUUUGUAUAAAAUGUUCUUUAAAUGAAUAAAGACAUUUUAAGAAUCUCUUAGAAAA